UACCACAGGACACUAAUCCCGUCCGUGCCGCCGCCGGAUCUCAACAACAGGGAGACUCAGUAACUCUGAGCACCUUUGGAUAUUCUCCUGCUUCCUGGACACGCCGCGGAAACUUCAGACUCAUGGUCGGCUACACCGACGAGUCCGUGCUGCGUUCCUUGUGGGGUUACGUCUGUUAUAUGUGACGGGUUGAACCGGAGCGGAGCAGCGCGUCUCCACCGACCGGACAUUGCUACUUUACGGCGUAAGCUACCUCUAUUCACUGCGUGUAUGAGACACGGCGCUGGUGCUGGCGGCCACCGGGAAAGAGACGGCGAGUGUGGAUACGAUGAUUAACAAGCGACGUGAAUGAAUAUGUGAAGCUCGUGUAGAAAUUCACGCGAAAAAACAAGGCGCCAGCGUUGAGGAACCGACCGAAGACGUCGAGGUCGCUGUGUAGGAAGUGGAGCACGAUGUAGUGUAACGUGACAUUUUUAUUCUUUUUUAAAUCUGCCCUGUUAGUAGAAAUUAACGAGGAGUCCAGCAGCUCAACUUAGAGACACUUGUAGCAUUUACACAGGACCAAAAACACACGGUGUUUAAGCCUUCCUUUGUGGCAGGGAAGCGCUCGUGUUCUUCCAGGGACAGGAGGUCAGCAGGACGGGUCAUCUGCUCCUCUUUGCCCCACCUCCCCCCCCCCCCCUGCCAUCAGGCUGUUAUGAAGAUGUGAACUCCCUCCCUCGCCUUAUUCUCUUCUCUCUCUCCCCCGCCGCUCUGGACGCUUUGAAUUUUUUUCCCCCUCCUUCUCCUAUUUUGUUGGCUACAAAGGGGAUCAAACGCGACCCCGGCCUCCCUUCCCUCCCCCGUCUCUCGGUGAUGUACGAAAGCGUGGAUGUUGUGGGUCUGAGCCCCAGCCCCGGCCGCAGCAGCCCCAGCCCCGGCUCCUUCCUGAGCAUGGACUACUACCACAGACCCCCGGGGCUCGGACCGGAGAAGGGACUCCUGUCCGGUGUAGGACUCCAGCGUCCAUUCGGGGGGUCUCUGGUGAGGCACUGGAGCGGGUCCUGCCACUCUAUAGAGACUGAGAGCACGAGUUCAGGGGAGGACCUGCUUGUCCCCAGCCCCCACUCACCUCCACCUCCACCCCGCAUCUACAAGCCCUGCUUUGUUUGUCAGGACAAAUCUUCAGGAUACCACUAUGGAGUCAGUGCCUGUGAGGGUUGCAAGGGUUUCUUUCGGAGAAGCAUCCAGAAGAACAUGCUGUACACCUGCCACAGAGACAAAGUCUGUGUCAUAAACAAGGUGACGAGGAACCGCUGUCAGUCCUGCAGACUACAGAAAUGUCUCGAUGUUGGCAUGUCCAAGGAGUUAGUGCGAAAUGACAGAACGAAAAAGAAGAAGGAGGAGAAGAGGCAGGGGGAGGUGGAGAUCUACGUUCUGUCAGCAGACACAGAGCAGAUGAUUGGGCGAGUGCUUCAGGCCCAUAAGGAAACCUUUCCCUCCCUCUGUCAGCUGGGAAAAUACACCACGAACAACAGCGCAGAGCACCGUGUUUCGCUGGAUGUCAGUCUUUGGGACAAGUUCAGUGAACUGUCCACCAAAUGCAUCAUUAAGACAGUGGAGUUUGCCAAGCAGCUGCCAGGCUUCACAACGCUCACCAUCGCUGAUCAGAUCACCCUGCUCAAAGCCGCCUGCCUCGACAUACUGAUUCUGAGGAUCUGCACCCGCUACACCCCAGACCAGGACACGAUGACUUUCUCUGACGGUUUGACUCUGAACCGUACCCAGAUGCACAACGCUGGGUUCGGACCUUUCACAGACUUUGUAUUCUCCUUCGCCGCCCAGCUGCUGCCGCUGGAGAUGGACGAUGCAGAGACGGGAUUGCUCAGCGCCAUAUGCCUGCUCUGUGGAGAUCGUCAGGAUCUGGAGGAACCAGAAAGGGUGGAUGUUCUUCAGGAGCCUUUGUUAGAAGCCUUAAAGAUCUAUGUGAGGAGGAGGAGGCCUGAUAAACCCUCAAUGUUCCCCAAAAUUCUGAUGAAGAUAACUGACCUCCGGAGCAUCAGUGUGAAGGGGGCGGAGCGAGUGAUCGCUCUGAAAAUGGAGAUUCCUGGCUCCAUGCCUCCUCUCAUCAAGGAGAUGCUGGAGAACUCUGAGGGUCUGGAGGGGCACGGAGUCGGGGGAGAGAAAGGUGGAGGAAAGGGUAUAGCAGAAGGCCGUCAGGGGGAUGAAACAGACAUCAGGAGCUGCCAUGCAAGUCCGUCACCCAAAUCAGUCGCCUCUCCCAGCCCAAGCCCUGCACCCUCUUCCCCAUAGUUCCCCUCACCGUCCGACUGAAUUCUGCACUCAGCACAUCUGCUCCACACUGCAGUGGGGGGGAGUGCACAUGGCACACACACAGGGAAUGAAAGCAGAAUCAUAUUGCACCAGAUAACAGAUAAUAUGGAGGAGAGAACAGAAUGGACUUCUGAACCUAUAAACUUCAAAGGGAGAGAAGCAAAGUGAAGCAGGAGAACCGUGAUGUGAGGACUGAUUUGAUGUCCAGACAUCCACUUCAUACAUACAGUGCAAAAAAUCUGAUGUAUUUUUUUUUUUUUUUUUAAAUAAUUUUAUAAUACCUGAAAUGUUAAGUAUUUUUCAGACUGUGUGAACCUUAAUGAAGGAUUGUGUAUAUACUGUAUGGACAGACUGAUGAUAUAUCUUACACAAUCACACACUCAGACAAAUGCUUGUCCAUAACCGAGGCAUGGUGGCAGUUUUCUCAACCUUGUGGUUUUAUCAUAAAAGCAGGCAGGUGCUGCCGGUGGUUAAUACCAGCAUCGGAGUGUAUUGCUCAGGCACAUCAUUUGGGCUAAUGAUGUUACAGGCAGUCAGAUUCAGCAGCAACAAUUCAAAUGAACAAAAACAAAUCCUCACAAAAUGAUCUCAACAAAUCGUUCUUUAGAGUCUCUUAAACCACUUCUCAGGGAAGGUUUGUAUCUGCUGUGAGCAAAAUCUUCUUUAAGCAGUCGCAUGUGACUUGCACCUCAUGUCGGUGCAGGCUACGUCCACACUGAUGCAUUUGAGUUCAAACACCACUUUUGCUGAGACUUUUAGAAACGUUUCAAUUUUGAAAACUGGAGUUACAUUUUUGUAGAGACUUUAGCAAGCAAUGACAGUCACCCUCAUCGGCUUCCUGAUUGGGUUUUAUUGGUUACGAUUCAACUACCAGCAUUUAACACAGCAUGGAUAACCAUUUGCAAUCGAUUAUAACCCUCAUAGUAAAUUAUCCACUUUGUUGUUGGUCCAAGCAGAGACCCCUCAUUAAACUUUUUGCAGUUUUUGUUCCUGAUUCUUGGUAUUUUCAGAGUUGACAGUCUGCUUCCUGUUUACACAGGCAUGAACAUGCCAGGGCCCUAUACUAUGAAACAGUUUUUGCGAUAAUCGGGGUAACUUCAGGUUCUAUUCAGAGUUUUCAGUCCUACAAAUCUAGUUCACUUCUUAUCGAGGUAAAUCACGAGGAGACUGACUCGUAGGAGCAGUGUGCUCAGUAACACAGACUGUCUGCAUUGAUCCACGUUUCUUUGCUUCUAACCUGUUCACUGUGGAUGAUGCAGAGAAGAUCAGCAAUACACUGUAUGCACUUUUACACAUUAAUAGCAAUAUCUUUUCUUUAGUCUAAUUUCUAUUGUCCUAUUUGGUGCACAGCUUAUUAUGAUUUAAUUUUUCACUUGUUUACAAACCACACUAUGCAUUUGUAUACUGAUAUCAAUAUACAGUUGUGCGACUGCUUAGCCUGACUGCAAUUGUCAGGUUAAGUUAAGUUAAGUUGGAUAUCUGAGAGAUAUCCUGGGUAUGUUGAACUCGCUUUGUAGUGCAGGCCUGAGGUUAGUCAUUUUGAUAAAUACUUUAAGAUGUGUUAGUAUGGGCGGUGAUUGUUUCUGAUACGAAGCUAAAAUAUUUCUUUGGAUGGAGAUGGUUUUAGUUUAGUUUACAAAUGUAACAGUGUAUUGGAGUUUGAAAAAAAAAAAAAGAUAUCAAGAGGAUAUCAUGUACAACAGACGCAGUGUGUGUAAUGUGGUUAAAGCAAGGGUUGGUAAUCCUGGAAAAGCUAGCAAGAGUAGGCUACACUUGCAACAAAUGUAGUCCAGCCCCUCUUGUUAAAGCCACUUGAAUGACACCUGCUAGAAGCUGACACUCUGUGACUCGCUUGCUAACUUUCAACCUAUUUCUAUUUCUCCAUGGCUGAAGACACGUGAAUGAUCACAAAUGGUUUUAGUUCAUUUCAUUCGGACCAAAUUAAUUAAAUUUUUCUCUUUUUUUUUUUUUUUUCCUGCAAGAGCCGCAAACUUUUUUAAUGGCUGUCAGUAUGUGAAGAGGAUUUUCAGUGUAGUGAAGUGAAAACCCUACCUUUCACUUCAGAGAUGCUGUAGUUUUAAGAUUGUUUUAUUGUGUCCCCCACUUUCCCAGAGUCUGAAAGAAAAAAUCCCUCAAGACAUACAUUUUAUAUAUUUGUCUGGAGUUAUUUCAAAUAGCUGCUUUACCCAGUUGUGGGUGUGUAUCGGAUCAAAUAGCAAAAACGUAAACCUAGGCAAGUAAACCAAAUUUUAGUGGGGGGGGGGGGCAGACUCUCACACUUAAGAUCUACACAAUAAGCACUAAAACCAGGACCCCUGAGUGAAACACAAGCUGUGUAGUUCUGUAGCAUCGUCAGCGUAAGGAUUUACCUGAGCAAUCUGCUGGUCCACCCAGUAUUUAAUUACAGUUGUUUCCUUGUAACCUCUGCCAAUGUCUGGUCUCUGUCCGUCUUUUGAGUAAUUUUAUUCUUACAUGUGUUUAUUAUUAGUGGAUCUCCUCAUAAAUGUAGAAUCAUUAUGUAUAAUAAUAUAUUGUAUAUAAAAAAGCUGUGAAAGUAGUUGUUGAACUGAGAUGGAAAGUUAUUUUCCUAAAUGUACAUUUGUGUAUUCAGUUUUUCCACACUUAAGCAAUGAAGACGUCUUCCUCCAUCACUGUCACCUCCAUUUUGUUGUCGAAAUUGUACUUCUUUCUUUCUCUUCACAGGCACAUCAGGCACAAAUAAUAUUAAACGUUGACUGAAUUACCUUUUAGAAAUCUAAAGUAAAAAUUGCAUAAUUUCUUCAGGCAAA